AUGAUCAAAUUUUCGACUACUACUACUACUACUACUACUACUACUACUACUACUACUACUACUACUACUACUACUACUACUACUACUACUACUACUACUACUACUACUACUACUACUACUACUACUACUACUACUACUACUACUACUACUACUACUACUACUACUACUACUACUACUACUACUACUACUACUACUACUACUACUACUACUACUACUACUACUACUACUACUACUACUACUACUACUACUACUACUACUACUACUACUACUACUACUACUACUACUACUACUACUACUACUACUACUACUACUACUACUACUACUACUACUACUACUACUACUACUACUACUACUACUACUACUACUACUACUACUACUACUACUACUACUACUACUACUACUACUACUACUACUACUACUACUACUACUACUACUACUACUACUACUACUACUACUACUACUACUACUACUACUACUACUACUACUACUACUACUACUACUACUACUACUACUACUACUACUACUACUACUACUACUACUACUACUACUACUACUACUACUACUACUACGAUGUGGUGUAUGCUACUUAUGUCGACAGACAUAAGUAGUAUGAAACACUAA